GUGAUAGCAGCGGUUGUUGACUAGUGUAAUAUCGAUACGUAAAGUGCUAGUGAAGUGAUAGACUUAUCGAUAACAAUGAAGAGCCUUUUGUUAACUGUUCUGAUCAUUGGGAUCGCGGGGGCUAGUGAGUUAGAAAAUGGGAUGUCAGCAACCGAAGAAACAGUGAAACGAGGCCUCACUGCCAAAUGCGUAUCGAGGGAAACGUCCUCUUGCAUCGCUGCUGAACUAGUCGGAUAUGUGGACCGAAUGUUGAGAACCGCUGCCAUCCAGCUAUCUGAUGAUCUUACGAUUGUUGAUGAGAGCAAUGGAGCCGCAGCAGAUAUACCAAUCAAAAGUGAAACCCUCGCCAGAGCUGGUACGUCACUAGAGGAUAAGGCACAGCAACUUAUUAUGGACAAACUGUGGAAUUUCGCCACAACUCGCUCUCUAAGAUACAGACUGUUUGAUAACGCUGAUGUCGUGAUUGCUGGGAAACAAGAGCAAGACGGCACUUUGGGUGUCGGAGUUUCAAUGAAAGCCCACAAAGCAAUCGAAAGCGGCAGAGCAAGAAACAAGAACAUGGGACCGUUCCUCGCAGCUGCAGCCAUGAAAUUUGGUCUUCUUGGCGCUCUGACCUUCAAAGGUCUUUACCUCAUGGUCGGAAAGGCCCUCCUAAUCUCCAAGAUCGCACUUCUGUUGGCAACAAUCAUCGGAUUGAAGAAGCUGUUCUCUCCUCAGGCCAUCAUCAAAAAGGAAUAACUCGUUUUGGUGAAUUGAUCCUGAAGGAAUUUAUGACGAAUUAACCCAGCCUAACAGACAACAGAAUUUGCGACAUAAUUAACAGUUAGCUGUUCAUAGAUAAACAUAUUAAAUUACACUAUUAAUUGGAACGUUAAAUAGAUUUGCUCGUAUUUAACUGUUGAUUCUGUCACAACAAGCGAUUCGGUUACGAUUGUAAAUAUAAUAUAUAUACAUACAUUUAUAUAAAACUCUGCUCAACUAACUUGUACAGUAUCUGGUAUAGCAUUUAUGUUAAAGGUAAAAUAUUAUUUAUUACAUUAACUUAUGGUUAUUUAUUGUGGAUUAAAGGAAAUAUUCACCUAACAUUAUUUUUAUUAACCUUGUUUUAAGAAAUAAGUAUUAUAUUAACCAAAACAAACGAUAAUUCUGUUAAUUUAUAUU